AAGACAGGAAAAAAGGGACGGCGCAAGGGCGGGCAAGGGGACGUGAUGCUGGCUGUUCGCGGUCCUCCAGCGCUCUGAAGGCAGAGCGCGGGCCUAGGGCGGAGCACACUCAGCCCCGGGGCGGUCCCCUAACCGCCGCGCCCCGGCCCCGGCUCCUCGCAAGGCUCAGCCGAGAAGCGCGGGGAGACGCCGCCGGAGCCCGAGUAGGGAGGUGACACCCGCCCGGGGCGGUGCACGGCCCAAUCUGCGCGCCCAUGCGGACCCGCGGCGCCGCUCUGCCCUGGUGACCCGACCCCGAAACCCUCAUCAGCGGUGCGGAGCAGAGAGCGCAGACGGAGGGGCAGCCUCUGUGGGGCUAACUCAUGAAGAACAAGGGUGCCAAGCAGAAGCUGAAACGAAAGGGAGCCGCCAGUGCGUUUGGAUGUGACCUGACGGAGUAUCUGGAAAGUUCGGGACAGGAUGUUCCAUAUGUGCUGAAGAGCUGUGCUGAAUUCAUAGAGACUCACGGCAUUGUGGAUGGAAUCUAUCGCCUCUCGGGCAUCACCUCAAACAUCCAGCGGCUGAGGCAAGAGUUUGGCUCAGAUCAAUGCCCAGAUCUGACAAGGGAAGUGUACCUUCAAGACAUCCACUGUGUGGGCUCCUUGUGCAAGCUCUACUUCCGGGAGCUGCCCAACCCCCUCCUGACCUACGAGCUCUAUGAGAAAUUCACGGAAGCAGUGUCUCAUCGCCCAGAAGAAGGCCAGCUGGCCAGAAUCCAGAAUGUUAUCCUGGAGCUUCCCCCACCCCAUUAUAGGACCUUGGAAUACCUGAUUCGACACCUGGCCCACAUCGCCUCAUUCAGCAGCAAGACCAACAUGCACGCCAGGAACCUGGCCCUGGUGUGGGCCCCAAACCUCCUCAGGAGUAAGAAAAUCGAAGCCACUAUUUGCAAUGGAGAUGCGGCGUUUCUGGCAGUCCGGGUCCAGCAGGUGGUGAUUGAGUUCAUAUUAAAUCACGCUGAUCAAAUCUUCAAUGGCGGUGCUCCAGGGGCUCUGCAGCAGGAUGAAAGCCGUACUAUCACAAAGAGCCUGACCUUGCCAGCCUUGUCCCUGCCCAUGAAGUUGGUAAGCCUGGAGGAGGCUCAGGCCCGAAGCUUGGCGACAAACCACCCUGCUCGGAAGGAAAGACGAGAGAACAGCCUGCCCGAGAUCGUCCCUCCUCCCUUCCACACCGUCCUUGAGUUACCAGACAACAAGAGAAAGCUUUCCAGCAAAUCAAAGAAGUGGAAAUCGAUAUUUAACCUGGGACGUUCUGGAUCGGACUCGAAGUCCAAGCUGAGUAGAAACGGGAGUGUGUUCGUGAGAGGCCAGAGGCUGUCAGUGGAAAAGGCUACUAUCCGGCCAGCAAAAAGCAUGGACUCACUGUGUUCGGUGCCUGUGGAAGGGAAAGAAAACAAAGGAAAUUUCAGUCGAACAGUCACCACUGGGGGAUUUUUCAUUCCAGCCACAAAAAUGCACGCGAGCAGCACCGGAAGCUCCUGUGACCUCAGCAAGGAGGGUGAAUGGGGUCAGGAGGGGAUGCCCGCAGGGGCUGAGGGGGGCUGCGAGGUGGGCGGUCAGAUCCGGCCACUGCCUGAGCAGCUGAAGGUGUUCCGCCCCAUCGGAGACCCUGAGAGCGAGCAGUCCGCCCCAAAGCUUCUCGGGAUGUUCUACACCUCCAGCGACAGUCCUGGCAAAUCUGUCUUCACAAGCAGCCUGUUCCAGAUGGAACCCUCACCCCGCCACCAGCGAAAGGCGCUCAACAUCUCCGAGCCCUUCGCCGUGUCUGUGCCACUCCGCGUGUCCGCCGUCAUCAGUACCAACAGCACCCCGUGCAGGACACCCCCCAAAGAGCUACAGUCUCUCUCCAGCCUCGAAGAGUUUUCUUUCCAAGGUUCAGAGAGUGGAGGAUGGCCAGAAGAAGAGAAGCCCCUGGGGGCUGAGUCUUUUCCAGGCUCUGUUACUAAGAAGGCAGCUACCGAGGACACCAAGCCAGAACCUGAAGUCCCGGGGAGAGCAGAAUGUAGCCAAAGCCCUCCCCUGGACCCAGGCACCCAAGUGGAGAAGAAAACCUUGCAUGUAUCCCUGGGCUCUCAAGUAUCAAAGGAAGCAGAGAAGCGGCCAAAGGCUGAGAAGGUGAUGGAGGAGAGCCAGGGUGCUAGCCAGCCGAAGCCCAGCACUCCACAAGAGAGCCUCGGGGCUGGGACUGAACCAUUGAUUCUCCACGAGAUGGAUGAAGAAGACCUGGCUCAGGCCUUGAUCUGGCCUGAGAUUCAACAGGAACUGAAAAUCAUUGAAUCAGAGGAGGAGUUCUCUUCCUUGCCACCCGCUGCUCAGAAGACAAGCCCGAUUCCUGAGUCAAGCCCAGCCCCAUUUCCCUUCCCAGAAGCCCCUGGGAGCUUGCCUAGUAGCUCUGCUCCUCGGGAGGUGUGGACUAGGGACGCAGCCAAUCAGAGCAUACAGGAAGCUGCUAUCCUCACUGACAGAGAGAAGCUAGAGCCAGUCUGCAGCCUCCUCGAGUCAGAGUCUCAGCAGGAGCUCAGCCCAGACCCAGCCAGUCUAGCGCCUCUGGAAAUGCUUCUGUUUGAGAAGGUAUCUUCUCCGGCUAGGAUAGAGAUAGGAGGCCCAAGGAAUCUCUCUCCCCCUCUUACUCCUGCUCCUCCUCCCCCCACACCUCUGGAGGAGGAGCCUGAAGUCCUGCUGUCAAAGGAAGGUCCUGACAGGGAAGAUGCAGCCAGGGAUUCCAGGACAGAUGUCUACACAGAGCAGCCAACCCCCAAAGAGAGCCCUGGCAUCCCUACCCCCUGUCAGAGAGAGGAAGCUAUUGCAAGCCCAAAUGAGAAGCAAAACGCAAGGCAUGCUGUUCCUGAGAACAAAGGCCCUGGUCUUCCAAGCCCAACCAAAGAGGUUGACAUCAUCCCACAAGAGGAGGGAGGUGCUCCGCAUUCAGCACAAGAGCCUUCAGACUGUGACGAAGAUGACACUGUGACGGACCCUGCCCAGCAUGGCCUGGAGAUGGUGGAACCCUGGGAGGAACCCCAGUGGGUGACCAGUCCCCUUCAUUCUCCCACCUUGAAAGAAGUUCAGGAGUCCCAGACGCAAGGCUCCCAGGGCCACCGAUUAGAGAGGAGACUUUGCCACAGGCCCAGCCUUCGCCAGAGCCAUUCUCUCGAUAGUAAAACCACUGGAAACAGCCACUGGACUCUUGAGGCGCCCUUCUCCAGCAGUUGUGCCAAUCUGGAAACAGAGAGGAACUAUGAGCCUCUGCAGCCCCCGGCAGCCAGGACCAAGAUUGCCGGAUUGGAAGAGAAAGCCCUAAAAGCCUUCAGAGAGUUCUCUGGCCUGAAAGGGUUAGAGGUUCUUCCCAGUCAGAAGGGACCAUCUGGUAUACAACCCAAACCAGUAGAAACCAACUUCAUGGGUUUAGCAGAGGGAAAGGAGCAGGAACCACAACUGGAACUUAGCAACCGUCAGAUGAAACACAGUGAUGUUCCCGGGCCAGAUAGCAGCAAGGAGAGUUCACCGAGGGCUCAAGACAGCACCUUACCUGGGGAACAUCCCUUACAGUUACAGCUUAAGAACACUGAGUGUGGGCCCUCAAAAGGGAAACACAGGCCGUCUUCCCUCAACCUGGACUCUGCCACUCCCAUAGCUGACCUUUUCCGACUUGAGAAUGGGGCUCCCUUUAGCUCACCUGGAAUAGAGCUCUCUGAACUAGGAGACACCAAGGUCACCUGGAUGAGCUCCUCUCACUGCAAAGCAGCCCCCUGGAAUUCCCAGGACACGCAGGACCUGGACAUUGUUGCCCACACCCUGACAGGCCGCAGGAAUUCGGCUCCUGUAAGUGUGUCAGCUGUGAGAACCUCCUUCAUGGUCAAAAUGUGUCAGGCCAAGGCAGUCCCUGUCAUCCCACCCAAGAUCCAAUACACACAGAUCCCACAGCCCCUGCCCUCUCAGAGCACAGGGGAGGGAGGGGCUCAGCCUCUGGAGAGAAGCCAGGAAGAACCUGGUUCAACCCCUGAGAUCCCUCAGAAAUCCACCAAAGAUGAUUCUCCCUCCUCCCUGGGAAGCCCAGAGGAAGAGCAACCAAAGCAAGAGACAGGAGCCUCCGCAUCCCGGAGGCAGGCCAGCAUUACAUCCUGCAUGUAUGAGGGGUCCUCCUGCUCUCCAGAACCAAGUGCAUCCACUCUGGCCUCCACACAGGAUGCGGUGGUGCAAUGCAGAAAACGCACAUCAGAGACAGAGCCAUCAGGAGACAACCUUCUUUCUUCCAAACUGGAGCGAGCAUCUGGGGGUCCUAAAGCUUUCCACAGGUCAAGGCCAGGAAGACCUCAGAGCCUAAUCUUAUUCCCUAUCAUGGACCAUCUACCUUCCUCACCCACAGUGAUAGAUUCCAAGGUCCUACUGUCCCCUAUCAGGAGCCCUACUCAGACAGUUUCCCCUGGUCUUCUCUGUGGAGAGUUGGCCGAAAACACAUGGAUCACACCAGAAGGGGUCACGCUUAGGAAUAAAAUGACCAUCCCUAAGAAUGGCCAAAGACUCGAGACUUCGACAAGCUGUUUUUACCAGCCCCAGCGGAGAUCCGUGAUUCUGGAUGGAAGAAGUGGGAGACAGAUAGAAUGAGACCAUCCGACCUGCUGUUGUCUGUAAAUCUUUCAGGUUCAUCUGGUCCUUACGGGCAUCAACUGGCCAUUCUCCAGGCACACGCUAUGGAAAUUUGUGCUUUUAUUUGCCUCUGGCCACCUCCUCUCUCUCCCUCUCUCCCCACCUCUCCUUUGUCUUUGACCGUGUAUGAGUCCAUUUGCAAGAAGAGUGGUCAAGACAAGGACCGAAGAGUGAGGUUUAAGGAAGUCCACAUGAGCAAGUGGGGAAGGUUAGGCAAGGAAGAGGAGGGAAUGCUUGCCUCCGAUGGCAAUCGGGGCUCAUCUAUGAGACAGAUUAUGCCUCCAUUAUCAUUCUCUUAUGCUCUCAAGAGCUGCCUGUGAUAGUAACCCUUGAAAGAAAGAAAUUAUUUUUUGACUGGGUCAGAAAAAUCUUCCUGUUUUGAUUGGAGGCUUCUUUGUGCUUUUUAAUGCUCUUUAAAGCACUUGUUCUUUUAGAGCAGUUUUUAAUAAGCUUAUAAAGGUGUAUUUACUCCCCCCUCCCCAAAUAGAAGCAGAUCUGGAAAUGCAAACUAACAUGCACGUAAGAUCUCUAGGUCGGGGAACCUCCUUGUGCGCUUUCCCUGGGAUGGCUGCAGACCUGUCCGAGGCGACCCACAAAUCAGCACAGAAAGUCAGAGUCUGUACUCAAGAGCAAAGCCCCGACUGGUCCCACCUACAAAUGCUUCUUGGUACUGGCUUUAUUGUGACUCCACCUGCCACCGUGCUGAUUAACAAAUCCAGUAGCUAGGCAGACUGAGUCCUGAGCGGAGGACCACAAGACGUCUAGGUAGGCAGGGGUGAUGUGUCUGCUCUCUUAAUAGUACCAGAGUCCGGGUGCCACAUGUCAUAGAGGAAGGCACAACUUCAGACCUGAUGUGUCUGAGCUGGUGAGGCAUUAAAAGGAAAGCUCUAGCUCACCUUUACUCUCCAGCCCCAGCCUGGGCCCAGCCGGAUGUGUAAAGAGGCCAGGAGGAGCCCCAUCUGUCACUGUCCUCAGAAAUGCCUUGCCUUUAGCCAGCGGCUCUCUUCCUUUCUCCUCCUCUCACUGUUGCUCAAGGGCAGAUUUGAGACAGCACUGUCUGCAUUUCCCAUAUCCACCAUCCACUCGGGUGCUCUGACUUGCUCUGACUCUUGUCUGGACACAAGCAGAUGCAGUAUACCUGUCUGAUGUCCCUUACACCUGCUGGAGGAAGGUUUCUGGCUCUUCCCCCACAAAGGCAUAACGGGGCGCUUCUCAGAUUCCAGCCUGGCUAAACUGUCCAGAAGCUUGGUCACUGCACAAGUUUCUCUAAAGACUGGCAGUAUCUCUGGGCUGAGCCCACAAAGCCAGUACUGGAGUGGGUAAGGGGCUAAGCUGAAGUCAUCUCCAGUGGGAGUGUAGAAGCUGAUGGCCCAUUGCAGAUCUCAUGCUCUCCUUUCCUUCCCUGAUACACCUUAAGGAUUUGAAAUCUUGCCCUUGGUUUGUUUUGUUUUUGUUUUUUGGUUUUUUUUUGUUGUUGUUGUUAAGCCAGCGCCUGAUGCAAGGAUACCUAGAGUGACCUAAAGAGAGUGACCCUCCAUGAGGAGCAAGGGGAACAGUUAAUAGGCCUUCAGUCUUUGCUUUCUCAUUAGGUGAGGAAAGCACUGGACCAACAAAAACUGAGAUGUUGACCAAACAAGAAGUCUUAGGACAUAGCAUUUCUCCCUAGUCAUGAAAGGUGAAGAAAUAUGGUGUGGAGAGGCGAAAAGUGGCUAUGUUCUGGAGACCUGAAAAGUGCAUUCCUGCCUCAAUCAGGAAAUACGGUGGACAAGCUUGGUGCCAGGCUCAAUGUCGGUGUAUGCUUUGAUAAAGACGUGCUCCAGUUAGAAUGUGACAGGAAAAGAGCCAAGUACCAAACGAAACACUGAGACAACUUAAUGGCUGUUCUCUUUCCUAAUAUUUCUGGGUGUAUUUUUAUUGGCAGCAAGACAAAAAAGCAAUCAUUUCCACACUGGCAGGUGACUUAAAUUCUGAGGACUGAUUUCAAAAUGACUACCACGUUCCCUUACACACCAUUCACUUAUGACAUCACCUUCAGGAGAGCAGACAUGUGGGCGUGUCCAUGCCCCACUGUCAUCUGUUUGGAAAUAGUCCUUACUUCGGUUUUCCUCAGCCAGCCAAUUCCAGAAGGGCUUGGAAUCUUCACCGUCUCAGUGCCCUCCCUGCCUCUCCAGUGUGGUCCUCUAACAACUGUCACACACAUGGUGGUAAAUUUAGUGCGCUGGGUGAGCCUGGUGCUCGUAAAAUCCCAUUUCAUGACAAAGGCACUGUUCCUCAAAAUGCUGGGGUCGCCAUUUGGCCACCACUUGGAGCUCUCAUAUUGGACCCCUGAGAAUAGCCAAGUGAGAAUCACUCUACUUGCUUCCAUCCAGGGUCUGGGAGAAGCACCACUGUUAUCAGGACCUGCUGAUGUGCCAGAAAGGGCAGGAGAGCAGGUCUUCAGGGCAACUGCCAGUCCACAAAAAGGGGUAGCUCAAAGACUGAAGUUCAAAUGAAAUAUGUACACAUACACUUUUUUUGGCAUAUUAUCUUUGCUUAAGAUAAUUCAUAUUUAUUUACAAAAUAGUCCUCCCAGACUACUUUUUCUCCCUUUUGCCAAAACGGACUGGAGAAAGAGCAUUUGGUUUUUAUUCUCUGCUCUUGGAAUAUGAAAAGACCUAACCAAGACCAAGACCUCGCUAUGAAAUACUAGCUUAAUCCAAGCCUUAAAAUUCAAAAUAUUACCCAAGUUCAAUUUCUGGUUUCUGGAGGCACUAAACAUGUACGUGUCACCAUCCUUACCAAGUACUUACCCAAAAUUUGGUAAGAGGGCACUGGGUACCUUAGCAGCACUCCAACACAGUUGAGCGUGGUCUAACAGAGAAAAGGGAUAAAUGGAGCAGCCUGAAACAACUGGAGCAGGGUGAGACCCACCAUUAGACACCAAGCCAUGGCAGAAAGCAGCAGCUAGCACCUUCACUAGGACUGUUGACAGUAUUCAAAUGACCUACUAAUAAAUAUUCUAAUUAAGCAGAAUUGCAAAGCCAAUAAAAUAUAUCAGUGG